UUUUCCGGCCUCGAGCGCCGCAAGCUGCUGCUAUGCGCGCUUGUCGCGACCAUGUGCUACUCGCCGCUCUACGCGGAUGUGCUCCGGUAUCUCUAUAAUAUGGAGGGAUUCGGCGACCUCUACUGGUCCCUCUCGCUCGAGAUGAUCUCGGCCAUGUUUGCCUUUUCGUGGAUUGCCUUUCUGAGCUGCUGGCAGCAUCUGCCGUGCCCGGCUAUGCUUCGGCACAAGCCGCUUUCGUACUCGGGGCCGAUUUACGUUUACUCGUCGCUCUUCAUUUUUCUGCUGCUGGCGACAAUACGGACGCGCGGGCGCGUCGAGUCGGCGGCGUUUUGGACCGACGCCGAAGCGCUUUUGACGAUCUCGGUCAACGGGACACCGACACUGGCGGGGUCGUAUACGGCCGAUGGCACCGUGCCGGUCGUCGACAAGCUCAUGGUGGACGUCGCGAUCACCAACUUUAGCGCGUGGGCGAUCUCGAUUAUGGCCAACAAACUCCUCCUUGGCUACAUGUACUUGGACACGCGGUGGACGGAGAAGAACGAGUUUCUGAAAAUGAUCGACACGCCGGUGCCGCAGUGGGUCACGUGCAUGGACCUCGAUGUGAAGAAUGCGAUCGUGAUUGGUGACAAGCUCUACUGCAAACCGAGCAUGCUCGCGCUCCUCGGUUUUUGCACCGUGCUCCUCAAAACAAAGUACACGGCGACCGCCGGCGUCGUCGUCGCGCCGUCUAGCUCGCGCAUCUCCCAAAUCAUCCACAGUGCCACCUCGGCGCGGAAAGGCGACACCUCGGCGACUGCCACCGGGACCGACACGCGCGGGUCCGUCCGCAUCGAUACGACCAAGAAGGCGGCGCCGCAGCCAUACCAAGUCAUUAGCAUCUACGGCCUCUUGCCGGCCAUUAUGAUGUCCAAGGUCUAUGUCCCGCGCCUUUUGGGCACGAUCGAGCACAAUGUAUUUGCGCCUGCCAAGAGCUCGACACGCCUCGAGAAGAAUGUGCCGUACGUCUACUCCCGCGGCGACUGCUGCGGCUAAGCCGCGCUUAUAGCUUACUAGAUCCUGCGUACUAAUAGAUUCCUAUAUACGAGUGUACUACCAAACGC